UCAAAAUCUAAAAGCCAGAAAGCAGCCCAAACCCCAUCAUAAACCUCAAAACUUCCCUGCACUCUUCCAACUGCUGUUCUUCAAUGGCGACUGAGAACAAAUCAAAGCCAAGCAACUCCAGCAAGAAAAGAAAGCAUUACCUUCCGCACAAUAAGCCGGUGAAAAAGGGUGCUUAUCCUUUACGUCCAGGAGUUCAGGGUUUCUUUAUAACUUGUGAUGGUGGGAAGGAACACCAAGCCUCAAACGAAGCCAUCAAUGUUAUCGACACCUUUUACGAAGAGCUACUGGAUGGUACAGAGACAAAAAUUGAACAGGCAGAACUACCUAAGAAGCCCUUGAACAAAAUAACCAAAUUCACAUACUCUGAUUCCAGCAGUGACCAUGAUGACGAUGAUGAUGAUGAUGCAAAUGAUGAUCAUGCAGAUGAUAACGAUGAUGUGAAGACAAGGGAUGACAAAAACAAACAAGUUGCUACAACAGGUAAGGAUGCAAAUGACGAGUCAAGGCCUGAAAAUAAGGAUGGUGUAUCUGUUGAGAUGCCAACAGAAGAAAAUAAAGAGAAACCAGAGAAUCACGACAACAAAGAAGCUGAAGCUGUGGAACCACCAGUAAAGAAACAAUGCGUAGAAGCAGAUCCAUCAGAUUCUGGAAACUUGCCUAAAAAGGUAGAGGACAAAAAAUCUGUUGAUAAGCUAAUUGAGGCUGAGCUAGCGGAACUGGGAGAUCGGAGCAAGAGGCGUUUCAGUAAACUAGACUCAGGUUGUAAUGGUGUUGUCUUUAUACAAAUGCGUAAGAUAGAUGGAGAUCCUAGCCCAAAAGAUAUUGUCCAACACAUGAUGACUUCUCUUGCUUCAACCAAGAAACACGUAUCAAGGUUUCUGUUAAGAGUGCUUCCAGUUGAAGUGACAUGCUACACAUCCGAUGAGGAAAUCAAAAGAGCAAUCAAACCUGUCAUUGACAAGUAUUUCCCUGUAGAAAGUGAGGUCCCACGUAAGUUUGCAGUUUUAUAUGAUGCUCGUGCAAAUACCGGCAUUGAUCGAACAAAAGUCAUUGACGCAGUCGCCAAAUCUGUUCCCUCGCUGCACAAAGUCGACCUGGCCAACCCUGAUAUAAACAUAGUGGUCCAAAUUGUCAAGACUGUUUGCUUGAUUGGAGUUGUGGAGAAGUACAAGGAAUUGGCCAAGUACAACAUCAGGCAGCUUACCUCACCGAAGCAGUAAAUUUAGCUUAUGAACUUUGGAAAGAUUUUGGAUGUACUGGUUUUUCUUUUUACCUUGCUGUUGAUGUAUUAGAAAAUCUUGAACUGGACUACAUGACUUGCUCUAUGGACAUGAGUUUUCUGGUACUCCAUAAAUAUCUCAGUCUGAUGAGUGUGGCACAAA